AUGGAGAUGAAGAAAGUAGACAGACCCCGGCCCAUAAUCGACAUAGGAGGUCUGGACAAGUCCAAAUACUGUGCUUUCCAUGAUGGACCGGGUCACACAAUCGAUCAAUGCUGGGAUCUCCGAGAUGCUGUGGAGAAAUUUGUGAGAGAUGGACGAUUACGCCAAUACGUGAUCAAAACCCAGGGCUCUAGAAAAAGGAAGUUAGGAAACAGAAAGAGAAAUAAAAGCCCGAUUCCUGAGAAGAAAAACAAGGAUGACAGGAACCACAAAGAUGAUUCCAACCUUGACGAAUUCCCGGAAGCGAAAUUUGAUUGUAACGUAAUCAGUGGAGCCCUUGGAGGAUGGGGCGACACCGUAAGUGUAAGAAGGAAGUACUUGAAAGAGGUCCUUUCAAUUCGGAACCGUCCUAAAUUCAAGGAAGACCCAAGCAAACCAGAUCCUCCUUUGUUGUAUUUUACAAAGGAGGACAUGCAUGGUGUGUUUCCAGGACAUGUUGACGGACUAGUCAUUGCUGGAACCCUGGUAAACUGCCGGGUUAAGAAGAUUUUUGCUGAUGUAGGGAGUAGUGCCGACAUCAUACUAUGGGACGUUUUCAAAAAGAUGAACAUGGAUGAGGAGGACCUCAAACCUUGCAAAACAACUUUGAUAACUUUUAAUGGAGAGCAUACACUUCCUAAAGGCUACAUAGAUCUCAGGUUGACCCUGAGAAUCAAAGAAGCGUUCAAAUCAGAACGGGUAAGAUUUAUAGUGGCCGACUUCCCGUCAGAAUAUAAUAUAAUUCUCGGGAGACCAACUAUACACCAGUGGGACAUGCUGGUUUCCAAGAAACACCAAAAGAUAAAGAUGCUAAGCAGUAAGGGUGAAAUAAUUACUGCUUGUGGGGAUCAAAAGGAGUCCAGGGGAUGCUAUUUCGACACCGUCAAAGAUAAUGAAGAUGGACAUACAGGUCCACCCCAGAUUCAUGCAGGGGAUAAACAAGGCAAGAACACAAUCCCGCACCACUCCAAGAAGCCUGUUAAUGUGGUUGAACUCGUCAUGAGAGAAGAAAUAAUACCGAGACCCGAACCUGAUGAAGAGCUAGAAAAUCUCACAUUGGGAAAAGAACCUGGUCAAUUUACCUAA